CUCCCGGUAAAACCUGGGCCUUUAUAACCGUUCUGGCAUCCAAAGGGGGAACACUGGUAAACUUCUUCCAUCGUACCUCCAACUGCAAGGAUCCCUGUCGGUAUUUAUCGACAGGUUGGCGUUCAUUUUCUUGGUGUGUUUCAAAAAGAUCAUAUUUUCGCCUCACACUCAAUCUGCUUUUCCUGACAAAUCCAAUUUAUGAAAAUUGGGUAAAUGUGAAUCAUCACUCUGGGGAUCUUUCACAUAGGCUAAAGAAAUUUUCCAACCAGCCCAUUUGUUCGAGUCUGUUUCAUUCAAGUAGACUGGCUUAAUAUACAUGCAUGCAGUUCUUUUAUGAUCUGAGCCAUCACACAAAAUGAACAUUGAGGGUAUUUUGUUAACAGUUAGUUGCAGACUGUCAAGAUCUGUGUCAGAAUCCUUACUCUGGUUUUGAUCAGACUCAUUGGGUGAGUAUGCUAGAGACAGAUAUGAUGACACUUUUCUUGCAAUGCCUAAUGGAACACCGGCUGCCCUGGCAAAAGAUCUUUUUCUGACAUUUAACGGUGAAUGGGAGGGGGACGAGAAACUGAAAUCUGCAUAUGUUUGUAACUUCAAUGGAGAUCCUUCUACUUCACUUUGGUUAUGGCUCACACUUCGUGCUUUUCGUGAUCUGGUUGAAAUGUCAUCGUUUGUCCCUAUAUCUGGUACAAUGAAUUCUUCUUCUGUCACAUCAGUAUCGAUCACUGAACUUGCAAGCACAACGGGGAACGUGAAGUCAAACAACUCUGUGGGAACAACAUCGGCGAGACUUCCUUCGUCAGCGACUGAAAACUUAGCUUCCCUGAACUCAACUUUCGCCUGUUUGUCUGGAUUACAUAAUAAAACAUCUAUUACCUCUUUAAACUCGGAAAUAUCAAUCGCAUCCAUUUUGUGACAAACAAUGUCAACGUAUGUGUGUAAUGCAACUUCAAAUCCAGCGCCUUUCAGCAACCGGUGCGCGUAGAAAAAGUCCGAGACGUUCCGUAUGCUUUUUGCAAAGUACAAUUUCAUUGGUGCUAGAAUCCAAUCUGAUUGACCGAAUAGCCAAUGGAGGCACUCGUCUUGAAAGUCAGAUGGUUGGGCGAAGAAAGAUGGCUGACGACUUCAAAAUAGCAAAACCUGUUGAGUACUAUAAGAAAUUUCUGGAGAAGGAUGUCCGACCAGAUGGCAGAGAACUUGGGGAGUUCAGGCGAACAGUACUCAACAUAGGUUGUGUCACCACAGCUGAGGGAUCCGCUUUGGUAAAGCUGGGAAACACAACAAUCAUGUGUGGAAUCAAAGCAGAACUAGCAGCACCAAAACCAGCAGAGCCCGACAGAGGAUUCAUUGUGCCCAAUGUACAAUUAACACCUCUUUGCUCUCCACACUUCCGACCAGGACCACCCAGCGAGCAAGCCCAAGUUUUGAGUCAGUUUGUUGCAGAAGUUAUCAAAAAUUCCGGAUGUGUUGACUGUAAAAACCUUUGUGUGGUACCAGGGAAGCUGGUGUGGGUUUUGAACUGCGACCUGAUGUGUUUGGACUACGAUGGGAAUGUCUUUGACACCGCCAUAUUGGCGCUACUAGCAGCAUUCAGAAACACUCGGUUGCCGCUGGUAGAGGAAAAGGAAGAGGUAACAGAAGUGACUAUGGAGAAGACAGCACCACUAACGGUAUCCUCACAUCCUGUAUCCUGUACUUUCUCCAUAUUUGAUGACCGUAUCCUGUUUGUGGACCCCACAGUGGAGGAGGAAGGGCUGGCCACAGGCAUGGUUACCGUGGUAACAGUCGGCGAAAAAAUCUGCAUGGUGCACAAACCAGGUGGAAGUCCCCUCAAGUCUGAACAGUUGUUGACAUGUUUUGAUCGAGCCUUUGACAGGAGCAGGGAAGUUCUGAGACUUAUAGAAGAAACAAUAUUAAGUGUAGAGAGGUGAUGUGUGUAAAUAAAAUGUUAUAUUUA